AUGCAUUCUACUAAGAAGAAGAACUCUAUUACUGCUCCCAUCAACAUCGCUUCACCUGAAAUCUCCGAUGAUAGUAUCUCCCCGGUGACGCCUGAGCUGGUGAUUGCGAAGAGGCUGCGCCUUCACUCUAUGCAUCCCAGUUCUUCCCCGACUGAAGGUCGUAUGAGCCCUGAGCAGGAAAUUCCUGCCCCUUCUCAGACUGAACUCACAAGCGAUAAACAGACUGGUUCCGCUGCCUUUUCGCUCAAAGAGAAUUGUAAUUGUUACUGGUGUUUUAUAGACGGCGGAAACGAGAAGGAGGUCGAAAUCCUGGAGCAAAAUGAGCCUGGUGACAACACCGAGGCAACUUGCACAGAUCUUCCACCUCUCCUGUUUAGGUGGAGUAAUAUAGACUCGCAGGGAUCCAACUCGAAGGGCCUCCUCGUCUCCGGGUUAUUUGCGAAUGUGUUUCCUGAGAUCUACCGACCCGGCGAUAUCUCGGAAGAGCAGUUCAAGGCUUGCAUUACGCAACAUAUCACCAAGCAAAAGGUCAAGUCGCCCUUCAUCUCGACUUUUGCAACGUUGCUCGGCCCGAUUCACCGCGCUCUACGCGCCGGCGCCGACGCAGUGGUGUCCGUAAUUGAUUCCUCGAAAUUGGCUACUGCGGCUUUCUCGGCACAAUCGAUCGUUAUUAGCUCUGGAAUUCAGUUUAAACGAUACAAGGGUUACAGCGAGUUCUUGAUUUGGGGAUAUGUGCCUGCCAAGGCGAUCGUCACCACGUUCAAAGUGAGCGAUCUGGAGACAAUUGCUUCUAUCCAUUGUCAGAUUGGCCAGCUUCUUCAGCUGCCGGAGAUACGCAAGGAGGAUAACAUUCGGCCAGCUCUGCGCGCCACACUGGCGAAUUCAUUUCCGAGUCUCGAGGCUGGACAAAUCGUCGGAAAGCUUUUAGAGCGCCUUGAAAUCCCUGAUGCCUACCGCGCCGAUGUAGCUCUCACAUUUGCCAAUUCAUGGAAAUGGCGCCUGAAGGGACCGAAGGCACACUUUCUUCGCGGUGUGGACAGCGUUAGCCCCGAUCUGCGUGAUGCUAGCAUCGGUAUGGAUGCAUGUUCCGAUAGCGACGCGGAUUUCAUUGAUGAUCAGGAUGAACAGUCUUCCAUGACGUCCGACAGGGAGUUCGUACCCAACGAUUCUGAGGCCGAAUGUGAUACAGCUGAUUCAAGUUCCGGUUCAGACAAGGAAGGAAAGACUCGGCGCAAGCGAGCGCAAAGCUCCGCCACCCCAGCCGAUGACACGGCCACUGAAUGCACGUUCUCUGUUCAUGAUGAUGAUACCUCGAACCAUGGCUCAGCGCUUCUCGACGAAGCUCUCGAACAGCUUUAUUUUGGCACGGGAGAAGCUGAAGAUGGGUUCCUCAACUACCACAAAAAUAACGAGUACGAACAUGAGUCGGUGGAGAUGCCAAUGCCCGAUGAUAUGCGGGCAAAGCUCGCAACUAAUGCAGCUGUUGCCGAACAGACACGAAUCCGGUCCGUGCUCCGUUCUUCCUUCGACGGUGAUAACGAUUCAGUGCAUGUGGAGCCUUCCGAGUCCGAGUGGCCCGAGUCCAUUGUUGACAACCCGUGCCCUCCGGAGCGUCCUCUGACUGGGCCCUUGUUUAUCGAGCGCUAUUGCAUGAUUUCGGGAUGGGAGAGAAUUAAGUAG